AUGAACUGUAGUGACAGGGGGGAAGUGGGGAUAGAGGCGCUGGUGAUAGGCAGGGCAGAUCUGCGACGCGAUCUGGCAGCGAGUGACGGGAAAUUAUAUAAGGGCAGCACGCGAAAAAGCGGAUUUUCCUGUGUCCUCCUCUCUCAUCUCCACCACAGACACUGCGUUAGGCGGCUGUCCUCUUCUACAAUGCCUUCUCUUCGCCGCACUGCCUCGUCCCCCGCCGUCCGUUUGUCCCCCUACACAAGCGGCUCGCUCGUUGCCCGCGGCCACGGCCCACGACGCUCGUCAGGCUCAGAGACUUCCAGCAGGCGCGUCCUCGCAGACAUCGAGUGGUGGAGAGUCACCGACGGCCAGUGCACCGACGCCAGCGCUGACCAGGAGUCGGAGGAUCCAAACCGCGGCACACAGGGCACAAACGUCCUCUUCGACGCUGCCGACGCCGUCCCCGUUACCCACGUCGACGCCGACGCCAGCGUCGAGCACACGGCCGCCCUACCCAUGCCCUGGGCCGCCCCAACACCCGCAGGCUCGCUCGAGACCCCCUCGCCCGACCUGCCGACGGAGCAGUUCUCCACGCUGUCCAUCACACCACACACGCCGAGACGCCGGCACCACACCCUCGAGUCCUCCUCCUCCUCCCUCGAGUCGUCUCCGGAGGCUGCUGAGGCUCCCGCAGCACACGCCCUCGCGCUUGGCCUAGGCCUGCAUCUCAACUUCGAUGCGCUCCCAACGCUGCAUACACUCUCACCUCAGAGACGUACGCGCUACAGCGCCCCAACGCCGCUCCUGAGGCGGUCCUUCACCAUCGCGGACUGCGGCAUGUCCAUGUCUCUGGACGACCACGAAGACCACGCGACUCAGUACGCCGAUUUCGCCGUCUCGCCUCUGUCGUCUGCCCCGGACUUUCUUAACUGA